AAAACCAAAGCAUAGCUUCUCUUAUCUCACAUGAAACACACAUCACAAUCUCUUCAUCUCCCUGUCUCUCCCUCUCCCUCUGUUAAAAGAAUCCUUCCCUUUCCAUUUCCCUCAACAGAUCUCCAAAAAUAAUUCCUCAUCGAACCCUCAUCUCAUACCUUCUCUCUCAACCCACUUUCUUUCUAUCGAAUGAUUCUAGAACCUUGAUGAAUCCACCCACCACCACCUUCAUGGACCACAACCACCACCGCCGUCCAUACGAUGCCUGAGCUGCGUAGCCGAACACGCAGAAAUCGGGCUCAGAAUAACAAUCAGAAUCCGAAUCCGAUUAAGCUCACUGUACAGACUCGUAAAAGAAGAACCGCGGAGGUUAAUAACAACAGAAAAAAGAACGCGAUCGUUGAUGAAAAGGAGAACAUUGUGAGAUUAUCUGAUACGACGCCGUUUAGAAAGGAGCUUCUGGACGAGGGGGCUAGGGUCUUGAGAGGAGAAGAGGAGGUUGCUGAGAAGAAGAUGGAUGAACACGACAGCGGAGGAGGCCGAAGCGCCGACAAGGGACCGGGAGCGGAUGAUGAAGGAAGCACUGCUCCUCUUCCUGAUAAGGUCCAAGUUGGUGGCUCUCCAAUGUACAAAAUAGAAAGGAAACUGGGUAAAGGAGGUUUUGGACAAGUGUAUGUUGGUCGACGAAUUGGUCCCACAAAUUUUGCAAAUGAAAGAGGUGGCCCUGGAGCUUUAGAGGUAGCAUUAAAAUUUGAGCAUAGAAGCAGCAAAGGAUGUAAUUAUGGACCGCCUUAUGAGUGGCAAGUUUACAAUGCACUUGGAGGCAGUCAUGGUGUGCCACGAGCUCAUUACAAAGGGAGGCAGGGUGACUACUAUGUUAUGGUUAUGGAUAUGCUUGGACCUAGUUUAUGGGAUGUUUGGAAUAACAAUUCUCACACGAUGUCCAUUGAAAUGGUUGCUUGCAUUGCCAUUGAAGCCAUCUCUAUACUCGAAAAGAUGCACUCUAGGGGGUAUGUCCAUGGGGAUGUAAAACCCGAAAACUUUUUACUUGGUCCACCAGGAACUCCUGAAGAAAAAAAGCUUUUCCUUGUCGACCUUGGAUUAGCAACCCGGUGGAGAGAUAGCUCAACUGGUCUUCAUGUUGAAUAUGAUCAACGCCCAGAUGUUUUUAGGGGAACUGUUCGAUAUGCCAGUGUUCAUGCUCAUCUUGGUAGAACUGGUAGCAGGAGAGAUGACUUAGAAUCUCUUGCCUACACUCUCAUCUUUCUUCUCCGUGGUCGACUGCCUUGGCAAGGGUAUCAGGGGGAAAAUAAAGGGUUCCUUGUUUGCAAGAAGAAGAUGGCAACUUCACCAGAAACUUUGUGUUGCUUAUGUCCUCAGCCUUUUAGACAGUUUGUUGAGUAUGUUGUAAAUUUGAAGUUUGACGAGGAACCAAAUUAUGCAAAAUAUAUCUCUCUUUUUGAUGGAAUUGUUGGUCCAAACCCAGACAUUAGGCCAAUUAAUACUGACGGUGCGCAGAAGCUUAUAUAUCAGGUUGGGCACAAGAGAGGCCGGUUGACAAUGGAGGAAGAAGAAGAUGAACAACCAAAGAAAAAGGUCAGAAUGGGGAUGCCUGCAACACAGUGGAUUAGUGUUUAUAAUGCUCGUCGGCCAAUGAAACAAAGAUAUCACUAUAACGUGGCUAAUGUGAGGCUCUCCCAGCACAUAGAGAAGGGUAACGAAGAUGGGUUAUUUAUCAGCAGUGUGGCUUCUUGCACAAACCUAUGGGCCCUAAUUAUGGAUGCCGGCACUAAUUUCAGUGCACAAGUUUAUGAGGUCUCUCCUCAUUUUCUCCACAAGGAAUGGAUAAUGGAACAAUGGGAGAAGAAUUACUACAUCAGUGCAAUUGCAGGAGGAAAUAAUGGAAGCUCAUUAGUUGUGAUGUCUAAGGGGACCCAGUAUGUACAGCAGUCUUAUAAAGUAAGUGAUUCAUUUCCCUUCAAGUGGAUCAAUAAGAAAUGGAGGGAGGGUUUUUAUGUCACAGCCAUGGCCACUGCUGGAAGUAGAUGGGCAAUAGUUAUGUCUCGUGGCGCGGGAUUUUCAGACCAGGUUGUGGAGCUAGAUUUUCUAUAUCCCAGUGAAGGCAUUCAUCGUAGGUGGGAUGGUGGUUAUCGCAUCACUUCAACUGCAGCUACGUGGGACCAAGCUGCUUUUGUUCUCAGUGUACCAAGAAGAAAACCGGUUGAUGAAACUCAAGAAACACUUCGAACUUCUGCUUUUCCCAGUACACAUGUCAAAGAGAAAUGGGCAAAGAAUCUCUAUAUUGCAUCAGUUUGUUAUGGUCGAACUGUCUCAUGAAUGACUGAAGUUUUGUGGGAUGCUGCUACUGCUAUCAUGACAAUUUAGAAGACAAUUCUUACCACUUAUAACCUUUGUUUUGAGAAGCAAAGAUCUGCUUAAGCCAAGUUGACUCAUCAUGGGAUUUGGGAGUCUUGUAUGCAAAACUCCACCUUAAUGUAGCCAUGACUUAGCAUCCAUUAUACCUGUGCAUUAUCUUUCAACUGGGUUGAAAUGCCUUUAGGAUGGCGCUGAUUUACCCACUGCUAAGAAGUUUGUAUAGUUAUGAACAGUAGUUGAAGAAAUGUGCACAGGUGAUGUUUUCAUUACUGAUGGUAUUUUUGAGAGCGUGCUAUCGUGAUUUUGCAAUAGGCUGUUAAUCAUUCUCAGUCAUUGAGUCUGUACUUGUCUUAUGCUUCUUCCAUCUUUUCUAGACUUGAAGAUCCUUGUGAUCUUUCACUUCCGUACUUCCUGGAUGUCUGCAUGACCUAAGAGAUGGAGGAUGUACUUCUUUUGUAUACUUUUAAACAACAGUCUGUACUUUUUUCUAAUUAUCACUGUAAUCUUAAUGCAUAUUUGUACCUCUUAAGAUCAACUUAGUGUCCGUACUUCCUGGAUGUCUGCAUGACCUAAGAGAUGGAGGAUGUACCUCUUUUGUAUACUUUUAAACAACAGUCUGUACUUUUUUCUAAUUAUCACUGUAAUCUUAAUGCAUAUUUGUACCUCUUAAGAUCAACUUAGUGCAUGUGCUGCAUUAUUUGUC